CUUGGUUCUGUUGAGGCCUCUUUGUGGUGCACUGUAAGCCAUCCAAAUUCACCAAUUCUUCCAGGAGCCCAGGAGAGAGACCUUGCUGCCCUCUCGGCAGCAAUGGAGGCUGAAGUCUUGGACUUCGAAUUUAUAGCUGAGUUCAACCCAGCCCCACACUAUGCACAGAGCGGGACUGCUGCUCGGUGGCUGGACUCGAGCGUGGAGGUGGGUGAGAAUGGCCAGCUCCGGGGUGACUCGCCAAAACCCACUCGCGAAUAAGGUGGCCCUGGUCACUGCCUCCACCGACGGGAUUGGCUUCGCCAUCGCCCGACGUCUGGCUGAGGAUGGGGCCCACGUGGUCAUCAGCAGCCGCAAACAGGAGAAUGUGGACCGUGCCGUGGCCACGCUUCGGGGAGAGGGGCUGAGUGUGACUGGCAUCGUGUGCCACGUGGGGAAGCCAGAGGAUCGAGAAAGGCUGGUAGCCACGGCUGUGAAGCUUCACCAAGGAGUUGAUAUCCUGGUCUCCAAUGCCGCUGUCAACCCUUUCUUUGGAAGCCUACUGGAUGUCACAGAGGAGGUGUGGGACAAGGUUCUGAGCAUUAAUGUGACGGCUACGGCCAUGUUGAUAAAAGCAGUGGUGCCAGAAAUGGAGAAACGAGGAGGCGGCUCGGUGGUGAUCGUGGGUUCCAUAGCAGGUUUCGCUCCGUUCCCUGCUCUGGGCCCUUACAAUGUCAGUAAAACAGCUUUGCUGGGUCUUACUAAGAACUUCGCCGCAGAGCUGGCCUCGAAGAACAUUAGAGUGAACUGCUUGGCGCCUGGACUCAUCAAGACUCGUUUCAGCAGUGUGUUAUGGAACGACAAAUCAAAAGAGGACAUCAUAAAAGAUAGCAUGAAGAUUAACAGGCUAGGCAAACCAGAGGAUUGUGCGGGCAUAGUUUCUUUCUUGUGCUCUGAAAAUGCCAGUUACAUCAACGGCGAGACGGUAGUGGUUGGAGGAGGAACCCCUUCUCGCCUCUGAGGACGGCCUCUAAGGACCGAGAGACAGCCUCCCAGGGCAGAGGUUAACUCCAGCUGGUGUGUGUGGGAAGGGUGCAGUCCACCUUGUCUCUGUGGCCCUUCCUUGCCGCUGAUUUUGUUCACCCCACAAAAUCAGCUCCACCCGGUAAUAAAUCCCUGCUUUCUCUGUGGUCAAA